AUGGCAGGAAAACAAGCUACAUUGGGGUAUGUUCGGGAUUCUCAAAUGACCAUCGGGCGUUUCUUCGGCUCUAACUCGAACUCAUCCAAAGAUGCGCCUAAAAAGCAGACGACAUUAGCCUUCUCAGGCAAGAAGGACAAAUCUGGCGAAAAAGCGACUGAACCAAAAACUACAAGGGAAUCUCCCGCGACUGAUAAAAACGAGGUUGAGAAGGAUGGCAGCGAUGAGGCUAUAGCACAGGAUGCGGAACCAGAGUACGAUACCACCAAAUCCAAUGGGAAAGGAGAACACAAAAGAGAAAUAAGCGCUGCGCCAGAAGAAAGUGAGGAAUCCGAUGUUCAGCCUGCCCCAAAACGACAGCGGAAGAGCUCGAGAAGGACCGCAGAUGCCCUGGCUACAAAGAAGAAGUCACCAUCGCCCAAGGCUUCCAAGUUAACAGAUGCGAAGGUUAAGGAUGCUUCGCCGCCAGCUGUUGUAAAGAAGGCGUCGGGUGAAGACACACCAGAAGAAGAGGGGGUGAAAUCCGAUUUGGAGAAAGACGAGCCACAAUCAGCAAGCGAGGAAGAGGAAGAUGAGAAGCCGGAAAUGAAGAAGAAGGAAAUGGAAAAGGUGCAAGCAACAUUAAAGGCCAGUGGGAACGAACCAUAUCCUGAUUGGAAAGCCGGUGAUCCAGUGCCCUACGCAGCACUUUGCACGACAUUUUCACUUGUCGAGAUGACUACCAAGCGCUUGGUCAUUCUUGCACAUUGUUCCCUGUUUCUUCGCCAGGUUCUUCGCUUGACUCCACAGGAUCUACUCCCCACUGUGCAACUAAUGAUCAACAAGCUGGCUGCGGAUUACGCUGGCAUUGAAUUGGGAAUUGGCGAGUCAUUGAUCAUGAAGUCAAUUGGUGAGAGUACUGGGCGCAGUCUCUCUGUGAUUAAAGCAGACCAGCACGAGAUUGGUGAUCUAGGCUUGGUUGCUGCUAAGAGUCGAUCUAACCAACCCACUAUGUUCAAACCGAAGGCUUUGACCGUGAGGGGAGUGCAUGAAGGGCUUCUAUCUAUCGCCAAAGUACAGGGCCAUGGUUCCCAAGACAAGAAGGUGUCAGGAAUCAAGAAACUCCUUUCUGCUGCAGAUGCUGCAACGGCAGGGAAAGGAAACAAAGGAAUCGAUAUCACCAAGGAUAAAGGCGGGCCCAGCGAAGCUAAAUACAUUAUUCGGUUUUUGGAGGGUAAGUUGAGACUUGGGCUUGCCGAGAGAACUGUUCUUGUGGCACUUGCACAGGCAGUAGUCGCGCAUGAAGCAGCUGUCAACGGAGAGAAAUCUCCCUCGACCGAGAAGAUGGCGGAGGGCGAGGCCAUUUUGAAGACAGUUUACAGUGAGCUCCCGGCUUAUGAAGUAAUCAUCCCUGCCAUGCUUGAGCAUGGCCUAUUCAAUUUGCGCGAGGUGUGCAAGCUGCAACCUGGUAUUCCUAUCAAGCCCAUGCUCGCCAAGCCGACCAAGUCUAUUACCGAAGUACUUGAUCGGUUCGAAGGGAAAGACUUUACGUGCGAAUAUAAAUAUGAUGGAGAAAGAGCUCAAAUUCAUUACGUAGCGCCGGAUUCCGUUCAUCACUACCCGGGGGCAAAAGCCACGCUGCAACAUGAUAGCAAAGGGCUUUGCGCCAUCUUCUCUCGCAAUUCCGAGGACCUAUCAAAGAAAUAUCCCGAUGUGCUAUCCAAGCUCGAUAGCUGGAUCAAGAGCGGUGUCAAGAGCUUCGUUCUUGAUUGUGAAACUGUUGCAUGGGAUACAGUCAACAAGAAGGUCCUGCCAUUUCAACAACUCAUGACUCGAAAGCGGAAGGAUGUUAAGGCAGAAGAUGUCAAGGUCAAAGUGUGUGUAUUCGCCUUUGACCUUCUUUUCUUAAACGGAGAGCCUACCGUUCAAAAGACAUUACGGCAACGCCGGGAGCUCCUGCAUGAGUCAUUUGAGCUUGCUGAAGGUGAAUUUCAAUUUGCUCAGUUUGGUAAUACCAAUGUAUUGGACGAAAUCCAAACUUUGCUUGAUGAUAGUGUGAAGGCAUCAUGCGAGGGAUUGAUGGUAAAGAUGUUGGAUACAGGUGAGAGUGGCUAUGAACCCAGCAAACGGAGUCGCAAUUGGCUCAAGGUCAAGAAAGAUUAUCUUAGUGGAAUCGGCGACUCCCUGGAUCUUGUUGUGCUCGGCGCAUACUAUGGCCGUGGAAAGCGUACCUCCGUAUAUGGAGCAUUCCUCCUGGCCGCAUACAACUCGAAUACUCAGACCUACGAGACAAUUUGCAAUAUCGGCACUGGCUUUUCCGAAGCAAUUCUAGAAGAGUUCCACAGCACACUUUCUCCUCUCACUAUUGACCGACCAAAACCAUUCUAUUCGCACUCAACCGUUCCCAAAGAUCAACCAGAUGUGUGGUUUGAGCCACGACUGGUAUGGGAGGUGAAAACCGCCGACUUGACACUGAGUCCACGCUAUCAAGCAGCAGCUGAUGAGUUCGAGGGAACCACCGGAGGAGGGAAGGGAGUUUCCCUUCGUUUCCCACGAUUCAUCAAAUCCAGAGACGACAAGAAGCCCGACCAAGCCACAACCACAAGAGCUGUGGCGGAGAUGUACCGGAAGCAAGAAGCAGUUUUGAAAGAAAACACCGGCAAGAAAGGCGUGGAUGAUGAUUUUGAAUACUGA